UUGUGUACUCCUUGGAGCCCAAUUUUGAACAGCAAUAAUGGCGCUUGUUAACAUUCACGAAAAAAAUAUUCAAGAAACGUACAAAAUUGAACAUGAUGUGGUUUCUCAUGCACUUUAUCUUUACGACAAAGAAAGAUUAACGGAAUCAUUAUCUGAAAGCAGCACCUCAGUGAGCACAUGCACUUCUGGGUUCGAGUUGGUCACGACUACGCUGACGGCCGACCAAGACCACCAGCUGCAGCUGUUCCUGAUGCGUCGCCUGCGGAAAGGAGCCAUCUAUGCCGGGACGGGCAACUUCUCCGGCAUGGAUUUCAGCCUCGGCGAGAAGCCCGGCUCGCCGGCCGUGUGCUUCUACGUGCUGCUGCCGUGCGGCGUCGACACGGACGGGAGGGAGCGGCAGCUGGUGGCGUGCCUGCUCGGCACGGCCGACGCCAACCUGGAGGCCUUCCGGCCGGAGCUGACCAGUUUCUGCGAGAACCUCGCGUGCAGCGUGGCGCCGAAGAAAGAAAUAUCAUCUGCUGUGGCUUCUGACCUCACCGAUUGGUACAGCCAGUGCGUGCAGUACGUUUGCAGGGUUUUGAAAUCCCUGGGUACAAACGUUGCUUUCCUGCUACAGUUGGCCCAGCAGAACGGCAGCCUGCGGGUGGGGGCCGGCGUGGGGCCCGAGCUGGCGGCGGACGCGCGCCGCUUCCUCUCCGCCUGCGCGGCGGCCGAGUGCCUGUCGUUGCCGGCCGGGUCAGGCCCGGCCGCGGCCACCCUGGAGGUGGGGGGCGCGGUGGCCGGCCUGGAGUGCAACGCGCACUGCCGCGAGUGGGGCCGCCUGCUGACGGAGCACGGCCACACGGCCGAGGCCUGGAGGAUCCGGCGCGCCAUGGAGGCCUUCAAGCUCAAGACAAUUAAAGACAUGAAUAUGCUGAAGAGGCUACUGAAGCAAGCAGAAAUGGACCACUACUCCUUGUACAGGGCGUACUCCUUCCUGUGGCAGUCUGGGAACAGCGAUGUGCUCCUGGAGCACGCCAAGGCGGAGGGCAGCUCCUCCCGGGAGGUCAUAGCAGCCCUCGAGGAACACAUCGGCCACACGCUGCAGGCCAUCGCUGCGACCUAGGUGGCCGUCGCACUUUCCCAAAUCAUCGUGCGCAUUCACAAACGGUGGGAAUGUUCCUGUUCCGAGGUGAUAACCAUUUUCCAUUUGAAAUGUGCUGUUUAUAGAAUUACCCUUUUAUUGUUUGAUUAACUACCAAAAUUUACCCUGAUAACCCUUGUAAAUUUUUCGUAAAAUUUUUGUUGGAAAAGCAUGGCCUACCUAUUUGAAACUUGACAACACCGCAUGGCAACGCUGCACAACUCGAGUUCCGUUAAUUGGUUAACCUGAUUCCUUGAUGGACGACGGGUCAUCUUGCAUGUGGUUUGUGUGUGUUCAUUUGAGAAAAUCUUGCAAUAAUUACUGAUUUUUUUUGUGGUUGUGAUCAUCUUCUGUAACUGAAAAAAAAAAAAAAAACAGUAAACUGUUUACAGGGCUAUCCUGCUGCAGGUAAGAAAGUAUGUUGUGUAAAGUCCUAUAUGUGAUUGGGGGGAAUUUGCUUUUGAGUGAUGGUGUAUUAAUAUAAUUUUUUUUGAAAUGUGAGGAUUUGUUGCAUAUGCUUCUGCGAUUUUCCAAUUAAAUUUAUUAUAAUCUUUGUAGUGUAGCUUAGAUUUCGGUCAUUUGUGGCCGGGAUGGUAGUGGCGCUUCACUGCAGGAAACAACAGCCCACGUCGGUAGCCAUUUAUAUUCAUGGUACUUUUUCCUUGCUUCAUGGUAAAUAUGUUAUCAAAUCAUUCAUAGUUAAUCCUUAAAUAAAAUAUUUUCUACCUGGUUCUGUAGAUUUUUACUGAAAAUAACUGAUACAUUUAAUAGUAAUUUUGUGGCAAGACUAAAGAGUGUUUGAAACAAUAAUUGGCGGACGUCAACACUGAUACUGAGAAUGCUAUGCUAUUUGGUUUACCGACCAUGUUUCCUAAUGACAUUUAAUCAUGUAACCAAUGUGUGUAGUGUAAUAGUGCCUGCCCUUGAUAGCUUAUUUAGGGCUAAAUAUGUUGUGUAGCUUGCUGAUAUUUUUCACUUCUUCAAAUUGUAUUUGAUUCGUGCUGAGGUGUAUGUAGUUUCAUGCAGUAUGAUUGUUUUCAGCUAUGAUUAUUUAUGUAAAUUACACAUUGAGUCUGUUCGUACCUGAUGAUCUACAUUCUUUCAACUGUAAAGUUUUUGUAAUAAGAAUAAAUUGUUUAACAUUGCCAUGAACUUCCCUUUGUGUCUUGA